CGCUUAUCCUCUUCAGCGACCUUUCUCAUUCCCAUUCCUGGACUAGAGCCAGGCAUCUUGGUUCGUCGUUACCGGUAGUAACUUCGUCAUCGAUGGGCACGGUAUUGGUGGCGUUCAAGGAAACGGGCAGACUUGGUGGACGACCUUCACCAACAGGACCAGGCAAGAUGGAGACGGUCGACCAAUAUCUUUCACUCUCAACAAUGUCACGAACGGCUUCGUACGCGAUUUUCGCGUAGAAUCGCCCCCGUUUUGGUGCAAUACCGUGUCUCAUUCGAAGAAUGUGACUUAUGAUGGAAUGCACUGUAAUGCGACCAAUCAGGAUCCCAUGUUUGCGGGAAAGAACAUUGUUCCUAAUACCGAUGGUAUCAACACCUACAGAAGUGAUUCAGUCACCAUGCGGAACUGGGACAUUACGUCUGGGGACGACUGUCUAGCUAUCAAAGGUAAUUCAACAAACAUCAUCGCCGAGAACAUCACUUGUCAUGGAGGAAACGGGAUCGCGUUCGGAUCGCUUGGUCAAUAUGCUAAUUUGACCGACAUUGUCGAGAAUGUCCAUAUGAAGGGGCUGACGUUGGAACGGAUCGAUCCUCGAGUACAACCUAACAUGGGUAAUGGAGUGUACUUCAAAUCGUGGACUGGUACAGUGAACGGACAACCUCCCACCGGUGGAGGUGGCGGUGGAGGUUUCGUGCGGAAUGUUACCGCUGAAGAUGUCAAGCUCGACCGUGUUGAUCGUGCCAUUCAUCUUUUUCAAACGAACGGAGGCCAUUCGAACGACCUUCCUUCCAAGCUCAUGUUUAGCCAACUCCACUUCAAAAACUGGUCAGGGACGACGUUAACCAGUGAAAUCAUCAAUUUCAGUUGUAGCCCCGCGGUAGGUUGCGAUGUUAUAACGUUUGAAGAUUUCAACGCAACUGUGCCAGCGGGCCAAACUCCGCAAUUUACCUGUCAAAAUGUGUCCCACCUAUCGGGAUUACCGGGUCCUUGCGACUGAAGCUUUACACCAGCGCUGUUCAAUGACAUUGUUUGAUUUGUCUGGAUGCAUCUGUAAACCUUGCUACAGCCCCUUACACAAGCGAGACGUGAACCGAUUGAGUCAAUUGACUAAGCGCUUGGAAGCCUGCUUCUCCUGGAACUUCAUGUGGGUAUCGACUGAUGGCCAUCCAAUCACCUGC